CUUGAAUAAUGGUGAAUAGUCAAUCACAAUCACGAAUUAUGAUUACGAGUUCGGAUUGCAAUCUUGAAUGAGAUGGGAUGACCUCAGCAGCAUCCUCUCCAUCGACCUCGCGCUCAAUUCACCAUCACCCCUCGCACUACCAUCGGAACCUCCUCCAAGAGUUUCGCAACCAUCAUCCGAGUCGCGCCAGCAGCCUCGCGUAAUCCUGGCCCGCCUUGCAUCUCGCCUUUCGAUCAUGUCUGUAGCGCACCCCACCGCUUCGGCAGCGGCCACCGAAGCUGCCUUCUUUGCGGCCAACCUAGGAACACCAGAGUGGAUCACUUCACUCUUUGCACUGUUCGGCCUGGACGUUCCAGUCUGGUUCACACCGCUGCUCACCUUCAUCGCCUUUCUCGCUCCCAUUCCAAUCCUCAUCCUCUUUCGUAGUCGUUCCAGACCUCGUCAAACGCACAUUCCGCCCUACCGCGAGCGAGUCGUCAUCCUGGGAGCAUCUUCAGGAGUGGGCAAAGAGUUGGCAUUGAGGUAUGCGGAAAGAGGAUGUAGACAAUUGUUAUUGGUUGCUAGGAGAGCGGAUGAGUUGGAAAGGGUUAGAGCGGAGUGCGAUGUGAUCAGAUUAAAGGGAGAAGAGUGGGAGAUGAGCGAUGAAGCGCCUGGCUACAAGGAGAGAGGCUCGCUCAAGACUCUCUCCCUCGCUGCCGACUGCUCCAAGGCCGAGCAGGUGGACAAGAUCAAGCAGACGGUGCUCGAUGCGUUCGGUGGUUUGGACACUGUGCACCUCCUCUUCGGACUCUCUGCUCUACGUCCUGUGCUGGGAAUCGCAGAUAUAGAUCCCAUCCGCAAGGGCUCUCCUUCCCUCCAGAACGGCAGUCUCGCAUCGUCGCAAGAGCCAGAGUAUGCUUCGUUGGCUGGACUGGAAGCUGUCCGACUUGCCGCGAAUCGCAUCAACGAGGUCAACGUGACUGCCACCGCGUUGUGCGCCACGGCUCUGCUUCCCAUCCUGCAGCUGACAUCCAGCGCACCCAGCUUUGUUCUUCUGAGCAGCGUCGCAGCCCUCGUCCCCGCGCCCACUCGAGCCCUGUACGGCUCCUCCAAAGCUGCUCAGCUCCUCUUCUUUCAAUCUCUGGCGCUCGAAGCCCAAUCUCAUGCCCAAUCGACGCGUCGCCUGCGCAAUGAAGCCGCUUCAAAUCAGACAAUGGGCUCAAAGAAGAGAGCAGCGGUCUCCUUCCUGGCCAUCUUGCCAGGAACGAUCAAGACGGAUUUCAGGUCUAGCGCAGUGGAUGGAGAUCCCACUUCUGCCGGCGCUUUCGACGCUUCUCAUCCGUCCCAGGGCGAAAAAGGAGCCAAAGACGUGCUGCUUCCCAAGGAAGUGGCCGAUCUGACCAUACUCAAGACGGAUCAGUACGCUACGGGCGAAGUGGCCCUGCCGAGCAAGUACAAACAUAGUAGACUUGCGCGAGCGCUCGUACCUGGUCUACUGGGCAGACUGGCACACAAAAAGUACGGCUACUGAUGAGACACUUAGGCUGGUGUGCGGCGUCUCUGAGUCGUUCGUCCGUGAUGGGACAGCUUUGUACAACUGCGGCUGUGCAGACGUGCAAAGAAGGUAAAAGUGAUAGUAGUGUACAAGGUCAUCCCUUACCCGCAUUUGAUCGGAUCGCUGCGAACGGAAUGGCAUCCCAUCGACUGAACUCAGCACAGCCAAAGGCUCAAUCCUCUAUCAUGGCCAUUCUCAUCUCGUAGCGCUUUCUCGCCGCCUCUUUCCUCUCCGCCUUGCGUUUGGCCGUCAGCUUCUUCUCGAUCGACUUUUCCUCAUGCUGAUCUGCUACUCGGGCAAUCGGCUUCGGCUUCUCGGCGAGCAAAUUCUCAGAUGAGCGC